CGACAUGAAAUGAUCAGAGUUGGUGAAAAGCAUCCUUGUUGUCAUACACAAACUCAAGAAGGCAUUUUAUUGGAAGGUAACCAGAUUUCAGGGAAGUAAAAUUGAGCUGUUUGCAAACUGAACAGCAACUCCCACAAUGCAACUCUUCAUUUACGGCAAGUGUGUGCGACAAAAAUAAUCGUUCUUAAACAAAAAAAGAACCACACAUCUCAGAAAUCUAUGCAGAAUUCCGUGCUUUUUUGUUAACUGAAGUAUUGUUUCCACAAUUUAAAGCAUUUAUUGUCAUAUAUUUAAAUUUUCGUUCGUGUGUCUUGGCGAGGAAAGCAGGAAACGCCGUUUAGUUUUAAAUUUCGCGCUGUUUGCUGCUCCGCUGCUAAUGAAUGCGUUAAGUUAGCAGGAAAGCUAGGGUCUAAAAACACUAGGGGAAAUCGUCAAUUAAAGUUUCUCAAGAGCUGAUGAAAACUGCUGUCCAACUUCCAUGGAGGUGACGGACAUUGGGAACAAAGAGGAGGGGAAAGUGUGGCAUCGAAAACCAACACCGGGGAAAAGUGUGUUAGCUUCUCUGGUACGGACUGCUCAGCAGGGCAAGGUUGUGCGCUUCCUUCACGUGACCUUUGACACCACAGGAGACUGUUUCCUGGCUGGAGAUCACCAUGGAAACAUCUAUCUGUUUGAUAUUAGUAGAAACAGAUUUCGUCUGGUGCUGAAGACGGGACAAGCUUGUACAGCUCUGGCCUUCAACCUUCGGAGGACCACGGAGUUUCUUGUGGCUUUAGCCGACUACAGCAUCAGAUGCUUUGAUAAGGAUACAAAACAACUGGUCAGUUGGAUGCGAGGUCAUGAAGGAGCUGUUUCAUCCAUCUCCGUCCAUAGCUCAGGCCGCUACGCCAUCACAACAUCCUCGGACACAGCUCAGCUCUGGGACCUGGACACCUUCCAGAGGAAAAGGAAACUCAACAUCCGACAGUCUGUUGGAAUCCAGAAGGUGUUUUUCCUCCCUCUCAGCAACACAAUCCUAAGCUGUUUCAGUGAUGACUCCAUCUUUGCGUGGGAGUGCGACACACUUUUCUGCAAAUAUCAGCUCCCGCUUCCCGAUUCUGGACCCAGAAUCUCCUACAAGGCUUUUGCUGUCACUCUCGAUGGUAAAAGCCUUGCAUCAGGUGGCCGCUCAAACCUGCUGCACCUGUGGUGUCUGGAGAGCCGACAGCUUGUCAGAGUGAUUCAGAUGCCGAGUCAGGUUCGGACCAUCAGACAGCUGGAAUUUCUGCCUGACAGCUUUGACGGAGGUGCUAGCCAGACAUUGGGUGUGUUGAGUCAGGACGGAAUGAUGCGGUUCAUCAACAUUCAUACCUGCAAACUCCUCUUCCACAUCGGUUCCCACGAUGAGGCCAUAACCGCGGUGGCUGUCAACCCCAGUGGCCGGCACAUUGUGGCUGUCAUGGAUAACGGGCGCAUUAACAUCUACAGUGUGCAGAAUCUCACACAGGAAUUAAAUAAGCCUCCUCCAGCCCAGGUUGCUGUAGUGUCUGGAAGUGAAGGUGUUCCAGACCUCCCUAACCUGAAAAUGAAGGUCAGAUCAGAGGUGCUUCCGAGACCAAAGAGAAUUUCAGGAAGACGACCUCAGGUGAAGCUCCUAUCCCUGCCUGCAGCGUCUUCAGCUGAAGAUAAAGAGAAUGAGUUACCAGCUGGUCUAAAUAAGAAGAGACUGGUGGCUCUCCUAAAAGCAUUUGGAGAAUAUCCUGCAAAAUACAGGAUGUUUGUUUGGCGGUCAUUGCUCUGUCUCCCGGAGAACCAUGCGGCGUACAGCAGUCUGACUGACAAAGGCCUGCACUCCGCUUUCCUCACGUUGCACGAAAAAUACCCCAUCAAGAGUCAGAAACUGCAGAGAGCACUGCAGAGAGUUCUAUCUGCAUUAGCUCACUGGGCUGCCAUUUUCGGAGAGGUGGAGUAUCUCCCUCUGGUGGCCUUCCCCUUUGUGAAGCUCUUCCAGAACAAUGCAAUGCUCUGUUUUGAGGUGGUGGCCACUGUCAUAGAAAACUGGUGCCAGCACUGGUUUGAGUAUUUUCCGAACCCCCCGCUGAACAUCUUGAGCAUGGUGGAAAAUGUUGUGGCUCAUCAUGACAAAGAGCUGCUGCAGCACCUGGUGGACUGCGGCAUCACCUCACAGCUGUACGUCUGGCCUCUGCUGGAGACUUUGUUCUCAGAGGUUCUGACUCGGGAUGAAUGGCUGAGACUGUUUGACAACAUCUUCUCCAAUCAUCCGUCAUUCCUGCUCAUGGCCUGUGCGGCUUACAUCAUCUGCUGCCGUGAGCCUCUGCUGCAUUGCUCCCAGAGACAGGACUUUGAGUAUUUCUUUCACCAUCGUAACAACCUGGAUGUUGGAGCCAUGAUCAAGGAGGCUUACAGGUUUAUGAGCAGCACCCCAGCUGACCUCCAUCCCAGGACUAUGCUCUCUGACUUUACACCACUUACCAGCGGCCAGUACCCUGUGUUCAACAAGUACCCAGAAUUCAUUGUGGAAUACCAAUCCAGGGAGCGAGAGAGAAUACGGUUGCAGGAGAUGGAGUAUCUGCGCGAGAGGCAGCAGAUGUCAGCAUUGCGUGCUGAUUUUGUGCGUCGCCGGGCUGAAGAGGAAGCUUUUUAUGCACAGCAGGAGUUGCUGCAGAAAGCAGAGGAGCAGCGCAAACACGUCCUGGAGCAAGAGGAGGAAAAGCUAACUCAGCAGAGGGCUAAGCUGGCAGCCAUGAAGAGAGAGUUGAAGGUCAAGGAGCUGCAGCUGCUGGAUGCAACCAGAAGACGCUUUCUCAAACACCAACAGGAGCUGCAAGCCUCCCAAAUAAAGAAACUGGACCAGGAAAUCAGCAGGAAGAUGGAUCUCCGUGACAAAGAGACGGCCACGGCGGUCCAGGAUUUAGAGAUCAGACAAAUGGAACUGGAGGUUCAGAGGAAACGUCUUGAACAGCGUUUGUUGAAAGAGCAGCAACACGUCGGGCACAAAGUGGAAGAGGAGGUGCGAAUAAAAAUGAAGGAAGCGGAGGAAAACUUGAAAGAGAUGUUACACGGAGCAGAGACUAACAUGCAAGCUCUGGAGGAGUCUCUGGCAGAGGUUUGUCGGCUGGACUUGGAGUCUGACUGGCAGAGAGAGGUGGUGGAGCGUCUGCAGAAGGCGGAUGCUGAGCGUGAGAGGAGCAGAGGGGGAGUGGAGGAACUUCAAAGACAAACUGGGACAGAAGAGCAAGGAUUGGUAAACGCCAUGAGAGAAGAAGCCCACAGAAAGAAGGAUGAAGCCGCAGCUCAGAUUCAGGAGUCCCUGCAGCCUCGACCUUCAACACACUCAGAUGGACAGAGACUGAUGGGGAUCCAUUCUGCUUAUGCACCUCCAGGAUUUGCUCACAGACACGCCUGUUCUGCUGGAUUAAAAGGCGAGAGUUUGACAGACAGGAACAAGUCUGCCUCUUUUAAGCAGGCAGAAACUAACAUGGUGUGUCUGAACAGCAGCUCACCUCCAGAGAGCACCUCUACCGCCUUCUCGUUUUGCAGAGGCAGGACCCAGCUAGACAGUGGCGAGAGAGAGCUGCUGAAGGAAAUCAGAGAACUGAGGCAAAAGCUAGCAGCCAGAGCUAAGGAGGGCAGCUCGGCCUCCUCACAGACCGUCUGCACUCCAACCCCUGUGUCUCCAUGAUCGCAGAUUGCUCUGCCGUCACACCACGAGAAAAAGCGCAACAUCCGAAAUAGACUAAGCAUUUGCGCUCACGAGUUUUGGCUCUGAAUGUUUAUUUAACUCUGCUCGCGUCUCCCAGCAGCUGAUCUGCAGGAAGUAGACUUUCUUUUGUUACAGAUAGACGCACAACACUGUAGGGGCUCUCACCGUGCUGAAAUGUCUGUGCUUUUUUUUUUUUUUUGCCUUUGCUUCUUCUGUUUGUGCAGAAUGUCACAGAGAAUAAUGGAAGUCUCAACACCUUCAAAUCUCUGAAGAAGUGAGCAGUCAAGCUCUAGUAAUGUAAAUCUGGCUCAUCAGAGGAACAGCUGAGGGCAUAGAUUAAAUUCUAGUAAAGCAGGUUGUGUUCA